AUAUUUAACGUAAUAAAUUCAUUAAUAAAUUGACCUACCGACACAUUUAUUAUUCUCCUUCCAUUUCCCCGAGUGACUUGCGCCGCGUGGCAUCAUUUUGUUAAUACUUGUUAAGUUUUUGCCAUAAUAAUCAAAGAUUUAAUUGAUUGUUAAGUUUUUGUUUUCAAAAUAUGUUUGUUAGAAUUAUGUACUAUCGUACAUACUCAUUACACACCGAGCUGCGGUGUCUAGCCGUUUUGGAAAUCAACGAACAUUUUCUGUUACGGUACCGCACCUACCUGAGCUCCAUGCCGCCGGGCUUGAACGGCAAUGGAUUAUUCCUCCCGCCGGGCGCGGUGCUCCCCGCGCUGCCCGCGCCCGCCGUCUACCCGCCCUACCACCCCCCCUACGCGCCAAAUAUGGCGUCGUUGCCGCCUCCAAACUUGCAGCCGGAGAUUCUGGCAAAUGCCGAGUACAACCAGGAGAACGCGCACGCGGAGCCCGGCCAACCUUCAAACUUCAAUCACUUGCACAACCAACAACUGAUGCUACCCGACAGUCAGUACUACCCGCGUAACGUGCUACCGCCCGCGGAGUUCCGCGAGUAUCUGCCCGUGUACCGGGCCGGGUACCCGGAGAUCGUGUUCGACAACGCCAACUACAACGUCGAUCAAAGGGAGCUGCCUCCGGAACCGCGUCCGGAUUUCCGGAGGGACUCUAACUACGUGCCGGUCAACAGGGACCCGUGGCAGCCGGUCAAUGAGACGUUCUUCGACGGCGUGACCAAUGUGAUGGAGCCAUUUGCUAAUAACACCGAAAAUGCGUUCUUCGACGGCGUGACCAAUGUGAUGGAGCCAUUUGCUAAUAACACCGAAGACAUGUUCGGUGUGGGAGACCGCAGGGUGGUGGGCGCAGACCGUCUCGCCAACCCAGACCGUAACUCCUCCUGCCUCGCAGAUGAACAGGAAUUGGAAGAGGAGCUCGAAGCGCUCGCGCGCCGCAUUGACACGGAGUUCAAGAGCGCUGACUAAGUUCACAAUAACAUUGUUAUUAGUAUAGUCAGCAUUGUUAUUAGCUUGGCACCCCUGCAUACAUAUUUCUAUUCAGGGAUGAUAAGCUUUUUAGCCAGGAUGCUUAGUUUUGCUGACUGUACAUUACAUUACCCCUUCACUAAAAUAUUAUAAUAGAGUCCAUCUAAAGCAGUCCAGCAAAGCUUUUGUUGACUUUUUUUCCACUUAACAGUUGAUUGUCCCUGGCAAAAAAGUCGACUGGUCCAGGGAUACACUAGGCGACAAAUGUCCCGCGCAACGUGUUGCCGCGACGACGGGUGAAGUGGCGCGACGUUGCCGAACUUCACUCGUCGUGUCUGGCAACAUCGCGAAGACACGUGUCGCUAGAAGUCGUGCGAUGUCGCCGGAAAUAUCAGGUGAAGUUUCGCGUAGUCGUGAGUCACCUCAAAUGUCGCAGGACAUUUCUCCCCUAGUGUAUCUCUGGCUUUAUCAAUAAAAAGCAGGGCCGCUGGUCUAAACUCUGUAUCAACUUUGCAACGAAAAAGUGUGUAAGUGCUACUAUACAUUUCAUAUUCUCACAUACCCUAUGUCGCUUAGUUAGAUUUGAUGGACUCUUAUUACUUCUAUACUGAAAUAUAAACUAGUGCCGUAUAUAAUUUUAAGUUCUAAUUUAUCUCUCAUGUUCCCAAAAGUUUCGAGUUCCCACGGAUUACAUUUUCCUUUAGGGGACAGAAGACACGACUUUUGUUUUUCUGUGUGUCUAUGACUCGUAUUGAAAACAUGCGCCAAAAUAUCGUUCUAAUGUGUAAUUGACUGAUAAUCUUGUCCGGACGAGAAUUGCCGGCUUCGUGUUAUUAAACGACCUCGCUCGUUGACUCGGCCGGCGACCCCUGUCCCUGACUUAAUUAUACUGCCUGAUAAUUUUUUCAUGACUAUUUUAAUAUCAGGUGGUUUGAAGUUGAACUAUUUGUCGUAUAUGAAUAUGACCAACGAAAAGGUUUUACCGUAAAUAUUUUCUCAUCACUAGAAGCAAUGUUCUUUUCGAAUUAUGCUUUAGUUUAUGCUUUAGUGGAAUUAUUAGUAAUUUUGUCUUUAAAAAAAGAAACGCAUCUAUAAAGUAUAUGCAACAUUGCCCACUAUUAACUUUGCCCAGCGUUUGGGCCUAAAGAUUUAUUUCAAGACUUGAAAUUAAACAUAUACAAUGUUUGAAAUAAAAUAUCAAAUGAAUUUGUGAAAAACUGAUCAAUUUGAAGUGGGCAUAAAAUUUAGCCAAAAAUCUUACAAAACUGUAAAGUGCAAGGCACGAGUACUUGGUACGUCUAUUAUUAUUUGUCUAACUCUAUUAUGCUACACGGGACAUAUUUAGACUUUUUUUAUGACUUUAGGUCCGCUUAUUUUGACAAAACUCAAUUAUUUCCACUAGUGGCAUUAAUAUUGAACUGUUUUUCUUUUUCAUACUCUUCUUGAGUGAAACGGGUAGAUCGGGGGUCAAGUACGGUCAGUUGCAACAAUGCCCUAUGAACAAUAUUCAAAAACUGACCUCUUACGUAAUAAUAAAGUUUUGAAAACUUCGUUUAGUUAGCUACUACUGUGAUUACUGGACUAGUAUCCUAUCUGGAUUGAUAAAGUGCGUCACUGUUUAAAUACAGCCAGUCAGGCACACUUAUUUAUCAUACCGCAAAUCGGCAAAAAAGUAUGAUAUUUUUUUUUAUUGUAAAUUAAGCUUAAGUUAUUGAAUAGUUUUAAGUGUUUCAAAUAUUUUUUUUAUUUUUAACGACAGAGUUGUCUUUUUUUUUGAAGUAUUGAUUUGAUAGGAUAGUAUUCUAUCGAGUCAAAUCAGGUACUUUUUUUAAGGUUAAAAUUUAUUGCUGCUAUUGAGUUAUAAACCACGCAUCAGUAUUUCUGGGGCAAUGUCAUAAUUUUCUCCUAAAUUACUUUUUUUGUGGACUAACUCGGUUGCAUUUUAUUUUCUCGGGUAGCAUUAUUCAAAUUUUACCUACACGAAAUAGCGCUUCUAUAUCUUACCGAAACUUCAUUAUAAUAAAAUAUUAUGCAACUUUGCCCAGUCAUAUAUGUCACAAGACGAGAUAAGCUCAUAUAGGUUAUAAUACUUAUAAUAGAUUCCUUUAAUCGUUCCCAUGCCAACGACGACUAGAAUCAUUUGAUGAUAGGUCGGUGUAGACUUGCCUCGGCAAGGCAAUGCGGCCGAAGCACGUCUACACAGACCGAGCUGCUCCGCGCGGCAAUUCCCUCCCGAGGCGGCUCGUUCUGUAAUCUGGCCUAAUAGUAGGUAUUAUUAUUUGAAAUCAAAGACGUUACUUGAGCUUACAAGUGGGAAGUAAGUACAUAUGUAGUGCAUAAUUAUUUUCCAUCGUAUUUUCUCGGGAACGUUCGUAAUUGUCAUGCUACUUCAGUCAAAAAAAGUACUGAACUUUUUGUACCGAGACUGACUGAAACAGCAAAACACGUUUGUACGUUUCCGUGAAAAAAAAACGAUGGAAUAAUUAUGCACUAAAUCUGUAAGUUGAUUUCAAAUGAGAAUACGUUCUAUUCACAAGAACAUGAUUAAAAUUCUGUCCUAUCAUGGAAAUUACCUUUAUGCCUUGAGUUGGAAUGCUCUUUCUUGUUUCUUUAUGCUCCUGCCAAAACCCGCAAGGAAAGUCAUAAU